UCCAAAGUAGAAAUGAUGGAUUUCAAAAACAAAGUCUAACUUUUGGAUAUCCAUUUUUAAAAAAGAUCCAAGAUUUGCAACCCAAACCCAACAAACCCACUAACACACACCUUCUCUCUCCUCCUCUCUCUCUAUCUGAGGUUAUUGCUCCGGCGACUUAGGGGCUGUUUUUGUUGAUACUUUGUGGAAAAUUUGAUUAGAAGAAAAUGGCAGCUGGAGAACCUCCACCAUCGUUGGAAAUAUUAGUUCGAGAUCAAGAUGGAUUUUCGAUCUGCUCUGGUCUGCCCUUUGAUAAUGGUGAACCAAUUACCAAGAUACCUAAAGUUCCUUGCACGAGUGCAAUCUUUAAUGAGGAUGGUUCUAGGCUAAUGGUGAUUAAGUCUGAUGGCGUUAUAAAUAUAUUUGAUUCCAAGACCUACAAAGAGAUCAGAUCCUUUCAAGUUCCAAGCUUUGUCGCUGCUACUUUAUCACCCCGUGGGACUUUCCUUCAGACGUAUCAGAGACAAUCGUCUCCCCAGGAGAAAAAUGUCAACUUAUGGAGUGUGGAGACUGGUGCUUCUGUGUAUAACUUUUCUCAGAAGAAUAUGAGCAAAACAACAUGGCCCUCUAUCUUGUUCAGCUCAGAUGAAGUUGUUGCUUGCCGACUGGCCACAAAUGAAGUACAGUUUUUUGAUCCAUCUGACUUCUCAAAAGGAUUUGUAUCUCGCCUCAAAGUUCCUGGAGUAGCGGCUGUUCAACUUUCCAACCUGCCUGGUUCACAUGUUGCCACAUUUGUUCCUGAAUCUAAGGGAGUGCCUGCAAGUGUCCAGAUAUUUGCAUGUGGAAGCGAUCCCUCUAGCCAGCCUCUUGCACGACGCAGCUUCUUCCGUUGUUCAACCGUGCAAUUACGUUGGAACUAUGGCUCUACUGGUCUUCUAGCUGUGGCUCAAGCAGAUGUUGACAAAACCAACCAGAGUUACUAUGGAGAGUCAAAAUUAAGUUACUUGACAACAGAUGGAUCUCAUGAAGGCCUUGUACCCCUUCGCAAGGAGGGACCGAUUCAUGAUGUUCAGUGGUCCUAUGCUGGGUCAGAGUUUGCUGUUGUCUAUGGAUUUAUGCCUGCCAAAGCUACAAUAUUUGACAAGAAGUGCAAUCCACUUCUUGAUCUUGGCUCAGGUCCUUACAACACCAUCAGAUGGAAUCCAAAGGGAAGAUUUUUGUGCCUGGCCGGUUUCGGAAACUUGCCUGGUGACAUGGCUUUCUGGGAUUGCACGGAGAAAAAGCAGCUUGGAACAACUAAAGCUGAGUGGUCUGUAACCAGUGAAUGGUCUCCUAAUGGUUGCUUUUUUAUGACUGCAUCAACGGCCCCAAGACGUCAGAUUGAUAAUGGGAUUAAAAUCUUCCUCCACAAUGGCUCAUUGUAUUACAAGAAGAUGUUCGACAAAUUAUUCCAGGCCGAUUGGAAAAGAGAAUCCGCAGAUAAAUUUGGUGAUAUUGCUCAACUUGUGAAAUCUGUAGGUUCAUUGAAGCUUGAAGAAGCAAAAUCACAAGGUCAAGGGCCAAAAUCUUCGCAGAGUGCUGCAAAAGCCAGCCCAGCAAAUCCUCCACAGAAACCUACUGCAUAUCGACCUCCUCAUGCUAAGCAGGCAGCUGCUGCUAAGGCAGAGCUCUUUGGAGGAAUAACUACACCGGAAAUGAGCAAAAAUGCCUUGAAAAACAAGAAGAAACGAGAAAAGCAGCGGGAGAAGAAAGCAGCUGAAGCUGACAGUAGUUCAUGAUCACUUUCCAGGCUAAUGUACUGGGGACAAUGGGAGAUUUUGCAGACCAAGUUCUUCUCCUGUCGAUGCAACUUAGGCUCUGAAAGACUCUUCACUAGAAGCAGCGAAGCAGCGAAAUUUUUGAGUGCAACCCUAAUAGACCCUAUUAAAGUUUCAGAAAUUUUCGUCUAUUAUACAGACUAAGACAAAAAGGCUAGGUCGAAAAUGUCAUUUGUAUGUAUUCAACGCUGAGACCUAGACGGUCAUCUUUUUCUUCAGAAAAAUAUAACUAGUGGAGUCCAUGGACCAUGAA